AGAUAUUCUUGUUUCUUGUUCCAACCACUGAACAGCCGUGUACAAGACAAAAAUACGAUUCAGAGACCUUGUAUAAACUCACAGCGGUGUUUGUUGUCGCAGAGAAGGAGAUUUUUAUUGUGAAAUGUGCCGCUAACGCAGACUGCGACACAGGAAGAUCCGCAUUACGACAGCUGCUCCAGUGUUGCCAUAACAGGCAAGCGGCUAACGCUAAUGUUUGCUAACUAAUUAGCAGGAUAGGUGUUGUUGUUGUGUGUGUGCGUGUUCCAGUCUGAAUCAUGGAACAGUGUGCAUGUGUGGAGCGGGAGCUGGAGAAGGUGCUCCAUCGCUUCGUAAUGUACGGCCACCAGUCUGAGGAGAGGCUAGACGAACUACUGCGCAGUGUCUGUGAGAUACGAGGUCAGCUAGUUGCUUUUGGAGUACAAGAUGCAGAUUUAUCAGUGCUAUCCCAGACUAUGGCACAGUGUUGUAAGAAUAUCAAAGAAACAGUGCAGAUGCUAGCCUCUCGACAUAAGGACAUCCAUGGCAGCGUGUCAAAAGUCGGCAAAGCCAUCGACAGGAAUUUUGAUGCAGAGAUCAGUGCUGUGGUGGCAGAGACAGUGUGGGACACCCCAGAGAGACAGAAAUACCUGAGUGAGACCAUUGUGGAGCACCUGUACAGACAAGGGAUGCUGAGUGUAGCAGAGGACCUCUGUCAGGAGUCUGGUGUAGUUAUAGACAUGAGUAUGAAGCAGCCUUUCCUCGAGCUAAAUAGGAUCCUUGAAGCUCUGAGGAUGCAGGACCUCAGGCCAGCAUUAGAAUGGGCAGUGACGAAUCGGCAGCGCCUUCUGGACCUGAACAGCAGUUUAGAGUUCAAGUUGCACCGCUUGUACUUCAUCAGCCUGCUGAGUGGAGGAAUCGGCAACCAAAUGGAGGCCCUGCAGUAUGCCAGGCAUUUCCAGCCCUUUGCCUCGCAGCAUCAGAGAGAUAUCCAGAUCCUGAUGGGUAGUCUGGUGUACCUGCGUCAUGGCAUUGAGAACUCUCCGUACCGCAGUCUGCUGGAGACAAACCAGUGGGCUGAGAUCUGCAACAUCUUCACCAGGGAUGCCUGUGCCCUGCUGGGCCUCUCUGUAGAGUCUCCACUAAGUGUUAGUUUUGCAUCAGGAUGCAUGGCCUUGCCAGUGCUGAUGAACAUCAAACAGGUGAUAGAGCAGAGACAGUGCAGCGGAGUCUGGACGCACAAAGAUGAGCUGCCUAUUGAAAUCGACCUGGGGAAGAAGUGCUGGUAUCACUCUGUGUUCGCCUGCCCAAUUCUUAGGCAGCAAACCUCAGAGAGCAAUCCUCCGAUGAAGCUCAUCUGUGGCCACGUCAUCUCCAGAGAUGCUCUCAACAAACUCACUAACGCUGGGAAGUUGAAAUGCCCGUACUGCCCCAUGGAGCAGAAUCCAUCACACGCCAAGCAGAUCUACUUUUGAUAGCGCACAUUCUACUCAUCAAGGAUGAAGUCACCUGGAGCUCUUUGCUUGUCCAGGACCAUCUGCUCUGGCCCUUUUUCCUCUGUCCCUGGCCUCUGGGCCUGUUAUUGUAAGCAUUAAGGUUUUAUCCCAGUGCUCCUCUGGACAGCCUUGGCCAUCCUGUAACCCACUUCGGACCCUCCAACUUUGCGAAAUAUAGAGCAGGGAUGGUCCACCGACAACCUGUAGUAGAACGAGGAGCCUGUCAGUAAUGAGAGCAUCCUCGCAAAGAAGCACCUCUGAAAAACGGAUCAUUCAUUGAAAGUCAUUUGCAAAUGCCUGCAGAGUUAUAGGCUUAUCUUUUUAAAGUAUGUAAUACUUUAUAGUGUUUGUUUUUUCGGCUUUAUCGACUGUUUGAGUUGGAUGACUGCUUCGUUUUUUUUUUUUUUCUUUUUUUUUUGGACAGAAGCAGUUGGAUGAUUAUGAAUGGGAGUAGAGUGUGGGUGUAGAUAAGCAGUUUCUGAUUUCAGGAUAAACUUCUAUGAAACACGAGAACACCCACAGAGUAACAAACUGUGUAGAAGGUUUAUUAAUUGCUGGUGAAGGGAACUGUGGAGGUCUAUCUGGAAGCGAACUCUCGAUUGUGACCCAUUACAUAAUGUAAUAAAGGCCUCACGUAGCUUGAAAGUCACUGUCAGCUGAUGCAUCUGUUUGAUCAGUAGAACAAAUAAGUCAUCAAAUGUUGGAACAGCUUUUUUUUUUUUUUUGUGACUGACUGCACCAGCAAGAUUUUCCUCAUUAUAGAAGCCAUUUGUCUUGUUCUAUGUAUGUAUUUAACAAACAUGACAAAAAGCAAACAAAAAAUAUAUACUACUGUGAAAUGUG